AACAUCAAUGGCAGAAGAAGAAAAUAUAGCAGAAAAAGAAAACACGGAGACCACCCGUCCCGAGUUCCCCAUCGGCCGGAUCAAGAAAAUUAUGAAAAUCGACAAAGACAUUAACAAAAUUACAUCGGAGGCCAUGUUCCUCGUCUCGUGCUCCACCGAGCUGUUCCUCCGGUUCCUCGCCGACAAUUCUGCCAAAGUCGCGGUUGAGAAGAAGCGAAAGACUAUAAAACUUGAUCACAUACGAACCGCCGUUAAAAGGCACCAGCCAACCAGCGAUUUCCUUCUCGAUUCGCUCCCCCAGCCCGUUCAGUCUGAGGAUCGCCCUGCAACCGACCGGACUCGUUCUCGUCCUAAUACGGAAAAACCGUUGCCGGUUGGGACUCGCCGGAUUGAUGAUUUCUUUAGCAAACCGGCAGAGGAGGGUCCAGUUCAGAUUAACAACGAUUAGGGCUUAAUUAAUUAAUUAAGGCACAUAAAUCAACUCAAGUGUUGUAGAAGGCUUUUGGAUUUUGCAGUGGUGCCUUGCUGGUGAACUAGACUGCGAUUUCAUGGUAAAUGUUGUUCAAAUAGUUGUUAUUAAAGUCGAUGCACAACUCAAUGUUAUCAUAAAGAGAGCUUCUUUGUUGUUUUUGUAAUUAAUUAAUUUUUCCAAUCCUAAACGCGAUUUACUUCAUUGCUAGUUGAUGAGUAAAGAAAUUGUUAUUUGCCAUAGCUAACUGAAAUUGGUUUUGUAGUUGACAAUGUUUGUAUUCAAGA